AUGAAGGAAAGAGCAGUGCCAGGGAUGUUUGGCAAGGCGAAACCCCUUCCAGGGCAGCAAGGCUACAAAGUCAAAGAAUCCGAGCGACUCGAACAUGAAGCGUUGCAGAUGGAGGCCCAGCUCAAACAGGUCAAGGUGAGCAUGGCGCAGCAGCAGGCGCAGCGCGAAAAAGAUCAUUCCAAGAUGAAGGGCGGAAAUCGAUGGCGAAGUGCGCGCGAAGACCGGGGAAGUGUCCGGCAGUAUGCGCAGGACGUCAAGACAAAAGUUCCUUCCAAGGCAAAGAAAGCAUCCAAGAAAGGAGAAAGUGGGGGGCAGCUCACAGCUAGUCGCUGUGUCGUCGCCGAUUGGACCGUUCCACAGGUGACUGAAUGGCUGGCAUCGAUCCGCCUAGGCCAUCUUGCAUCGACGUUCGAAUUCAACGAAGUCAACGGUGCAGUCGUGCUAGACUUGACCCCAGCCGACUUGGACUACCUGCAAGUGACCGAGUCAAGCGAACGAAAGGCAUUAUUACAGCAAAUUGAACAGCUCAAGCGCAGCAGCAGCAGCGGUAGGGGAGGCAUCGCCACAAACAACCAGCAGAAUCACGUCCAGCAACGAGAAGUUGUGGACAACAAACUCCAUGACGCUCCGCUGGCAUUGCCCCCGAAAAAAGUCGCACAUUGGUCGCAGUUGACGCCGUUAGCCGAAUCAGGGACAGGUCGUCCGUCUGGCGAAGUGCCAGUGAACUUGGCCGACGGAGAUUUCAACGAAGACGACAGCCAUGCGUCCUUCUUGAAGGCGCUGCUGGACUGGCGGGCGUCUGACCAACAGAGAGCGGAUGAAGGGGCCAAGGACGGCGACGACGACACACUAUUCUGGACAAAUCCGCUGGCCGAUAUCGCCCCCACACCGCCCCUCCUUGGAGGAAAGCUCCUGAGUGGUGACUUCGAUGAAGAACAGAGCCAUGCAAACUUUUUGCAAGCAUUGCAGGCAUGGCGAGGAAACGACCCGCCUGCGAACCAACACCGGCCAGAGCAGGCCACCGCGAGCACAGGGAGUCCCGUGGAAGCAAAGGCAAGUUGUUGGCAGUGCUAUCGGUUGUACAAGGCGGGGUGUGUUGUUCAGGACGAAGUAUCAAAGCACGCGUUUUGCUCUCGACCAUGUCUGGACAAAUAUCUCAAGGAGUAUGCUCGAUUUUACAGAUCUGUGGCCGACAUCGUAGUGUAG